GGAAAGAGGCGUUAUCGCCACAUUUAGUGGCGGAGAGGGAAAAUGCUAGAGUGGAGGAUGGUGAGUUGUUGGGGAUGUUGAAGGGUUGCUUAGGAGGGAUUGAUGAAUCCGAAAGUGAAAAAGGCGAAGUUUUGUGUGUGAUCGAGACUGCUGGUGGUGUUGCUAGUCCAGGACCAUCUGGUUCACUUCAAUGCGACUUGUAUAGACCUUUCCGCUUCCCAGCUAUUCUUGUUGGUGAUGGAAGGCUAGGGGGUAUUUCAGGAACUAUUUCAGCCUAUGAAAGUUUAAAACUUCGAGGUUAUGAUGUUGUUGCUGUAGUACUUGAAGACCAUGGCCUAGUUAAUGAGGGUCCUUUAUCAUCUUACUUACGGAAAAGGGUCCCUGUGCUUGUUCUUCCACCUGUACCAAAGGAGAUGUCAAGUAACCUGAUGGAGUGGUUCCAAGAAGCGCUAGCUACUUUUCGUUCUCUUGAAGAAAUAAUGCAGUCAGCUUUUCUGGAGAGAACAUCUAGAUUACGCGACAUGCCAAGGAAGGCACAUGAUAUUUUCUGGUGGCCCUUUACUCAACACAAACUUGUUCCCGAAGAAAAUGUGACAGUAAUAGAUUCACGGUGUGGAGAAAACUUUGCUGUGCACAAGGUUAAUAAUAAUGUUGAUUUAAUCACUCAACAAUUUGAUGCUUGUGCAAGUUGGUGGACGCAGGGACCUGAUGCUACUUUACAGAUUGAGCUUGCAAGAGAUGUGGGUUAUGCUACUGCUAGAUAUGGGCAUGUAAUGUUUCCUGAAAAUGUUUACGAGCCGGCUUUGGAGUGUGCUGAACUUUUGAUUGAUGGCGUGGGAAAAGGGUGGGCUUCGAGAGUGUACUUUUCAGAUAAUGGCUCUACUGCUAUUGAAAUUGCUCUGAAAAUGGCACUACGGAAGUUCUUGUUUGAUCACAAGAUUGUCUCUGAUGAUUUGGUGGCUGAGAAUGAUGAAAGUCGUGUUGAUUUAAAGGUUUUAGCCCUCAGAGGAUCUUACCAUGGUGACACUUUGGGUGCUAUGGAAGCACAAGCGCCAUCACCUUUUACUGGUUUUUACCAGCAACCAUGGUAUAAGGGAAGAGGUCAUUUUUUAGAUCCGCCAACAGUUGCCAUGUGUGAUGGUGUUUGGAAACUUAGCCUUCCUCGGGAGAUUGCAUCUCAAAAUCCCAGUGUUGAAGAUUUGACUUUCAGUUUGCGUGAGAACAUAUUCAAGGAAAGCCGUGACACUUCAAAGCUUGCUGAUAUUUAUCAGUCGCAUAUACGGCAAGCAUUACAGCUAAUUAUGGACUCAAGCGGAUCUACUCAGACUGGAGCAUUGAUUAUAGAACCAGUGAUACAAGGUGCUGGAGGAAUGGAAAUGGUUGACCCACUAUUUCAGAGAGUACUUGUUAAAGAAUGCCGAAAUAAAAAAAUUCCUGUUAUUUUCGAUGAAGUUUUUACGGGAUUCUGGCGUCUGGGAGCAGAGUCUGCUACGGAGUUUAUCCGCUGUAAGCCAGAUAUAGCCUGCUUUGCCAAGUUGAUGACUGGUGGCAUUGUGCCCUUGGCUGUCACGUUAGCAUCAGAAGCUGUAUUUGAAGCAUUUGUUGGAGAUUCAAAGCUCCAGGCGCUCUUGCAUGGUCACUCUUACACUGCACAUGCACUGGGUUGUGCAGCUGCUGUAAAGUCAAUCAAAUGGUUUAAGGACUCCAAAACAAAUCAUAAUCUGAUAUCUGAAGCUAUGCUGCUCAGGGAGCUGUGGGAUUCAGACUUGGUGAGACAAAUUUCUUUACUUCCAGCAGUGCAUAGAGUGGUUGUGUUGGGGACUCUAUGUGCAUUGGAACUUCGAGCUGAAGGCUCUAAUGCUGGGUAUGCUUCUCUAUAUGCUAGAUCUCUCAUUCAGAAGCUCCGUGAAGAUGGAAUCUAUAUGAGGCCUCUUGGCAAUGUCAUUUAUCUCAUGUGUGGGCCAUGCACAUCUCCUGAGAGUUGCAGCAACAUAUUAAACAAGGUGUAUACAAGACUUGAGGAGCUCUAAACCAGUGAAUCUUGCGUCAAGCUCAAGAAUACAAAUUGUUAUUGGACAGAACAGGGGUUCUAUUUGUUGAAGGUGAUUUCAAGAAUCGAGCUUGGCGUCUUUAGCUUUGUAGUUAUUUUGCAGGGACUAGAAUUAUGAUGAAACUUCUCUACAUAGCUGAAACAGUUACUUUCACCAACUUUUGCCUUCAAGCAUUUAGGUUUUGUAUGCUCAAAUUUGUCUUUUUAUUGCAUUGGGUUUCUUUCAGUUCCCAUUAUCAACAUCAUGAGGUUGUGCUGUAUUUUGUUGUAAUCAUCCAUUGCCAAUAUAAUAAACUUGCCAUUAGUGUUGGUAGA